CACGUCUCGCAAACCAACCUCCCAUCUCAAAAAUGCUCCACUUCCUCUCCUCUUCCUCCCCUCUCAAUCCCCAAUUCCUCCUCCUCCCGAGGCAAUCCGCGAGGCUGCGCGUCCUCCUAUCCAUCCCGGUCUCCGCCAUGAGCUCCUCGUCGUCGUCGUCGUCGCGGGGCGCGCUGGCGGCGGCGGCGGUGCCUUCCCUCUCCGCCGACGAGGCCGGCGCGGCGGCGGACGAGGCGUUCUUGAGGUACACCUCGCCGAGCAUGCGGCGGAGCGGCGGCGGCGGGGUUGCCAUCGUGUGGUUCAGGAACGACCUCCGGGUGCUCGACAACGAGGCGGUGGUGCGCGCGUGGGCCGCCUCCGAUGCCGUCCUCCCCGUCUACUGCGUCGAUCCCCGGAUCUCCGCGGGGAGCACCCACUACUUCGGUUUCCCCAAGACUGGAGCAUUGAGGGCGCAAUUCCUGAUAGAGUGCUUGGAGGAUUUGAAGCGCAACCUGACGAAACAAGGUCUCGACCUGCUCAUCCGCCAUGGGAAACCUGAAGACAUCCUCCCUUCAAUUGCAAAGGCUGUCACUGCACAUACGGUCUAUGCUCAUAAGGAAACCUGCAGCGAGGAACUCCUGGUUGAACACCUUGUGCGCAAAGGCUUGGAGCAAGUUGUGAUUCCUCAGGGAGGAGCAUCUAACCAGAAGAAGCCUCGAAAUCCCAAGUUGCAGCUCAUCUGGGGAGCGACAUUGUACCAUGUCGAUGAUCUUCCAUUCUCCGUGAACAAUUUGCCUGACGUAUAUACACAGUUCAGAAAGGCUGUUGAAUCUAAGUCCUCAGUUCGGAAUUGUAGCAAGUUGCCACCGUCACUCGGGCCGCCUCCUGGUUCUGGCCUGGAUGAAAUUGGAGGUUGGGGAACAGUACCAACACUGGAGUCACUAGGCCUAAGCAUGACAAAGGCAGAGAAGGGAAUGCAUUUCGUGGGAGGGGAGAGUGCAGCUCUGGGAAGAGUUCAUGAGUACUUCUGGAAGAAAGACCAGCUGAAAGUCUACAAAGAGACCAGGAAUGGCAUGCUAGGUCCAGACUACUCCACCAAGUUCUCCCCUUGGCUUGCUUCUGGCAGUCUUUCGCCUCGUUAUAUUUGUGAAGAGGUAAAGAGAUAUGAGAAGCAGAGAAUAGCAAAUGAUUCUACAUACUGGGUUUUAUUUGAGUUGAUAUGGAGAGAUUACUUCCGGUUCAUAUCAGCAAAAUAUGGGAACUCCAUUUUUCACCUAGGGGGUCCAAGGAACGUAGAGUCCAAGUGGAGCCAGGAUCAGGCACUGUUUGAAUCUUGGAGAGAUGGUCGAACUGGGUACCCUCUUAUUGACGCCAACAUGAAGGAGCUUUUAGCGACAGGUUUCAUGUCCAACCGUGGCCGUCAGAUUGUCUGCUCAUUUCUGGUCCGAGAUAUGGGUAUUGAUUGGCGAAUGGGAGCUGAAUGGUUUGAAACAUGCCUAUUGGAUUAUGACCCAGCUUCAAAUUAUGGUAAUUGGACAUAUGGAGCAGGAGUUGGCAAUGAUCCAAGAGAAGACCGAUACUUCAGUAUACCUAAGCAAGCCAAGACAUAUGAUCCUGAUGGAGAGUAUGUUGCCUACUGGUUGCCAGAGCUCCGAUCAAUUGCAAAGGAAAGAAGGAAUUUCCCAGGAGCUUCAUACAUCAAGCAGGUUGUCCCACUGAAAUUUGAUGGUGGACAUCAGAAGAGAGAUCAGCAGUUCAACAGGCAGAGAAGGCCAGGCCACAUGUAUAGAAGACAAAAAUAAUAAGAUGCAUAUAUGUAUUUAUUAUAAUUUACACCAUAUAUCAAUACGAAGUGAAGCAGAUUUACAACAGAUAGCUACAGAGCAAACAUCAGUGAGCCCUUGUAUGUCUUGUGCAGAA